UCUACUCUCAUUUCGAAUUCACAUGUUAAACAUGUGCUACUUUUAACAUUCAAAAUUUUAAAAUCGUCUCUCUAAUUUGUUAUAACCCGCCUUCAUCACAAAACAAUGGUCGAUUACGUAAAAUUCAAAAAUUCUACACCCGCCUCCUCAAAACAAAAGAAAUACAAUGGAUCUCGAUAUAAAGAUUAUCUGUUCGGAUCCAUCGAGUCAAUGGACAUGGAAUGGGCUGACAAAAUAGUCGAUUUUAACCCAGACCUAAAAAUGGAUACCAACCCCUUCACGAAAUACGUUGAUAGAAAUACUUCCAUGAGCACAGAUUGUGGCUUGGAUUUCAGCUCAAGUUUAAAUUCAAACUCAGAUAAGGAGCCAUGCUUAUCAGAUUUGGCAAACGGAGUAAAUACAGGUUUUGACUCCAAACCAACCCAAAACAAAGCUCAUUUUGACUUCUCCAGUGUUCAAAACAAGACUAACACUUUUCACCAGAAAUCAAACCAAUCUCCAACAAGCACUAAUUCAUUUUCUCAAACACCUACAAACAAGAAUAAAGAUAGGGUUUAUCUAAGUCCAUCACAGUAUAAGAAGUUCCAGGAGAUCCAAACGAAAUAUGAUGAGUUAGCCUCAGACUUCGCUAAACUAAAACAGGAACAUGAAGCUAACUUGAAGGAUGCAGAGUCGUUCCGAGCCUGUAAGGAGAAAUUAAAUACUCCUAAACAAGAACUGGGAUCAGAUAUGGAUUCCAGUGAAAAGCUGGAGCUUCUGUUGGACCAUAUUUAUGCAAUCAUGAGUGACUCCUUCGGAUCAGACAACACUCUGGUCUUUUACCUCGAGAAAUUCGCAGACCUUUACGUAAAUUAUCAAAACCAAGUAAAGUUGGAACUUGCAUCUCUGAGGAGCAAGAGUGAGGUGGUUGAUAAUUUGGACAAGUUGGUCUCCGACAAGGCUAAGUACGACAAGCUUCUAGAACAGAAGGAUAACACAAUCGAAUCCUUGGUUGAAGAGCUUAAAAAUCUGAAGGCAGAAGACACCUUGGAGCUUAAUAAGCUCAAAGAAGAGCUUGAAAACGCAACAGACGAGCUUAACAAGAUGGUCCAAGAGAACUCUAAAAUGCAAGAGGACCACCGCUCACAACUGGAUAUGCUAAAUGAUGCACUUAAAAACUCCAAGUCUGAGUAUGCCAAACUUCUCCUUGACCAGAACCAGAUAUUAUCGCAAUUGCCCCUCUUGAGUUUGGAAGUUUCAAUUAAUGGGAAGAGUAACAUGGAACACACCCAGGAACUCCUCGAUUCGCUCUCUAACUUUAAACCUGAUUUCUCUAAAUCCAAUUCAGACCUCCCCUUUUGGCCAGCUUCAGACCCGAAUAAUAGUCUUGGGCUGAGUGAUUUUUCGAACAAUACCUCGAAAUCUAAAGGCUUCGAUAAUUUUAAAUUCCUCCAGUCUAUGGUUCAGUCUCUCCACAAGAAGCAUGAGGAGGCUGUUGAAGUUAUAUCACAGAAGGAUGCCAUUAUCCGUGAGCAGCAGGAUAAAAUAUGUAAGCUUCAAAAUUCUGUUAAGGAAUGGGAGUCAGAUGCAGUGCUAUGGCUCGACUACGUUGACCAGUCAAGUUCAGUUUUGAACCUUGUGAACUAAGUUUUACACUUGGUCCAGUUAGAUGCUCUAAUUUCAUUUUAAAUUAA